AUGCACGAAACUGUGUAUUUUGGCCAGGCAUACACCAGCAGAUCAGAGAUCUCUGUGAAGAGUGUAUCACAUGUGCUCAACACUCUCAUCAACACCCACCUAGUCUCACAAGAUCCAUUUGAACUCAAAGGUCAAGCAUACCUAGUAACAGUCGACCAUUACAGUGAUUUCUACGAGAUAGACCGACUCCCCACUAUACAAUCUGCAGCAGUAGUCCAAGCUAGCAAGAAACAUUUCAGUAGGUAUGGGGUUCCUCACACUCUCAUAACGGACAAUGGUGCUCAAUUUACCUCAGAUCUUUUUAAGCAGUUUGCCAGCAAGUACAAGUUUAACGAUGUUACCUCCUCACCUUAUUGGUCACAAUCAAACGGCAGAGCAGAAGCUGCAGUGAAGUCUGCUAAGCAUAUUCUCCUCACAGCAGAUGAUGUCGACUUGGCCCUACUAUCAGUAAGGAACACUGCGCCUGCUGGACAUAGUUUUUCUCCAGCAGAGCGUCUGUUUGGUCGUGCUCUAAGGACAAACAUAACUCAACCUUCAGUGGCUCUGGAACCCUUCACUCCCCCACGUGACCAAGUAGUGGAAGAGCGUCUACAAUGUAAAAUUAAACAAAAACAAGCUUAUGACAAGCACGCUGGAUCACCACUCCCCGAUCUCCCUCCUGGAAGCUUUGUGUAUGCAAAGCCACCUCCUUCAUCUACGGCGAAGGCUUGGAUUCCUGGACAAGUAGUUGGGAAUGCUGGCCCCCGCUCAUACCUGAUCAACACUGGGUCAAGACAAAUCCGAAGGAAUCGUGUUCAAGUCACUCUGGCUCCAUCGCCAUCAUUCCUCAGCUCUAAACCGACAAACUAA